UUUGGCAAAUUUUAUUUUGGUCGACUCUGAACUUCGAAACCUCUGGAUCGAUCGACUUCUCUUCUGGUUGUUGGAUAUAGCAGAUUUGAUUCAUCCCUUGAAAUUAUCCUCGCUGUUGGAGUAAUUAGAGAUGGGGAGCAAUGAGGAGAAAUUUGACGGGAUGCUGAUGCACAUGGCACAGCAGCACCCUGGUGGAAUAAAGGAGCUUUUGGACACUUUCUUCGGAUUCUUGCGAAGGAGGACAGAUUUCUACACUGGAGCUGAGAAAAGCUUUUCCGAAAGGGUUGUAAUGGAAAGCUUCAGUGUGCACCAGAAACAUGCCUUGGAGGAGAAAGCGAAGGAGGACGCUGCUGCUGAGGCUGCUGCAGCUGCAAAGAAGAAGCGCACGGAGAGCCCUCCUGCACAGAAAUCCAAAAUCGUCGAGCUUGCAGAUGGCGAGUUGCCAAGCGAUGUUCCCGUCGUCAGCUCCCAUGGGUCCACGACAAAGUCCACUUCAUCUGAUGUACCCAGUGAGGCCACAUCAAAUGGAGAUAGCGCUGGUCCUGCGACAGCAGCAGCGACGGCAGCUCCAGCAGGUGAUGCUGAGGAUAACGACCAAGAAGAGGAGGAUGACCCCACGAAAGUGAAGCCGAACGCAGGCAAUGGUGCUGACCUUGAGCACUACAGUUGGACUCAGACACUUGGCGAUGUUGAGAUUCGCAUUCCAUUGAAGGCUGACUUCAAUGUUCGAGGCAAACAUGUUGAUGUUUCAUUCAAGAAGAAGGCACUAAAGGCUGGACUCAAGGGCAAGGAGCCUAUCAUUGAUUCCGAGCUUAGUCAUUUGAUUCAAGUUGCAGACUGCUUUUGGAAUAUAGAAGACGGUUCACACUUGGUCAUUUCUCUUGAAAAGGUGAACAAAAUGGAGUGGUGGAGUCAAGUCGUGACUAGCGACCCUCAAGUGAACACCAAGAAGGUUCAGCCAGAGAAUUCCAAGCUGUCAGAUCUUGACGGGGAAACUCGCGGUAUGGUUGAAAAGAUGAUGUACGACCAGAGACAGAAACAGAUGGGCAAACCAACAUCAGAUGAGCAGAAGAAACAAGACAUGCUACAACAAUUUAUGCAGCAGCAUCCUGAAAUGGACUUCUCCAAGGCUAAGAUUUCAUAACAGUCCUCUAGAAAUCAUUUUAACUAACAUGAAAUCUAUUUUUAUCAGUUCCGGUCUUCGCAACGUGAGGCUAUUCAUGAAACUAGGCAGCCAGGAAGACGGCUCUUCCGUUUGUUUUGAGGAGACUUCCAACGGCCACUGCAUGCAACAGCUGUGUUCCAUGUACCCGCUCUGACUUUAUUGCGCAUUGGCUGGCUUUCUAAGUCCUGCUCAAGUUGAAACCUUGAUGAGCUGACACUUCCUUCGUAUCAUACACAACUUCAGCUCGGUUCUCUUCAGGUACUGUUUCCAGGUACUGUUGAGUUAAGGUGCGCUUUGGUUUUGUUGUUUCAUCAUCAAGUCCUGGAUUCUCUUCUCUUCUUUUUUGCGCUUUGUGCUUAACUAUUGGUGUAGACUCGGA